AAAAAUCUAUUAUCUUCAAUCAAUCUAUUAUAAUUUAUAAAGAUAACUGACAAAAAUCCAAAAAUGUGAAAAGAAAAAAAUAUGCAAUUGCAUAGAAAUCUGCGCUUUACCUAUUCAGUAUUCACCAACGACUUUACUUAUCGUUUAUUGUAAAUGCGUGUGCCGGCCGCCGCGUGAUGAUUUGACACAAUAAAGAUAAGAAUCUUAAUCUUUAUUGCAUCAGAUUCAUACCCUACUAUAAAAAUAAUAAUUCUGACGAACUAUAUUGAACAUAUUUUUAUUAUUUUAUCGUCAUUUUCGUAUCUCGUCGCGGUGUGAACUAAAUUGAACAUUCUUACUUUUAUUAUUUUAUCGUCAUUCUCGUUUCUCGUAGCAGUGUGGCAUUAUUAUGGAUACGAUUAAUAUGAAGUCAAAUUUUUAUAACGAACUACAUAAAAACCGUAAAAAUUUGGCUAAUAAUACUAGUUUUUUGUCUGAUGAAAAAUAUAACGAAUUGAUAGAAAUUAUUGCAGAACUUAAAACUGGACGUAAGAAAAAAGAGCCUAAAGACUUCCGUUUAAUCAAAAGGUAAGAAAUUCAUAUUAGAAAAAAAUACUUAAAUUCAGGGCUUAAAUUUAAAAAAAAAUAUAUUGUUUUUUCGUAAUAUUAACCGAGGGCUGGGGCUGGGAUUUUGAUGCAAUGUCAUCUUUUUUUCUGGUGUUUUGAAAUUAUUUUUUUAUUCGUUAAGUAUUUAAGUAAUUAAUUAUUUAAAUACUUAACGAAUAACUUUCGAUACUUUUUAGUGCAUAGAAAUCCGCGCCUUGAAGCCCUGUAUAUAAAGUAUGAUAUACUGGUUGUACAAGGAAAAACGAAACUUAUAUUCCCUGUAAAAGAUGACAAUGUUGUUCUGUAUUAUGUGCCAACCAGUGAGCUAUUUGAUAUAUUGCAAGCCACACAUGUAUCAAUAGGACAUGGUGGGCGUGAUCGAAUGAUCAAAGAACUUGGUAAUAAAUAUAAAAAUAUAACACGUAGUGAUAUAGAGACAUUUUUGCAUUUUUGUGAACCAUGUCAACAAAAACAAAAAGGCUCGAAAAAAGGAGUGGUAGUUAAACCAAUAAUAUCUCCAGACUUUAAUUCCCGAUGCCAAGUUGAUUUAAUAGACUUCCAGUCUCAUCCUGAUGGAAAAUUUAAAUUUAUUAUGGUGUACCAGGAUCACCUCACUAAAUUUGUUGUUCUCAAGCCCCUCGAAUUUAAACGGGCUGAAGAGGUAGCCUAUAAUAUUAUAGAUAUUUUUACGUUGCUUGGAGCUCCUACUAUUUUGCAGUCUGAUAAUGGACGAGAAUUUUCAAACCAAAUAGUGUCUAAUUUAAGAAACAUGUGGCCCGAAUUAAAAAUAGUACAUGGCAAACCGAGGCACAGUCAAUCUCAAGGUAGUGUAGAACGUGCAAAUCAGGAUAUUGAAAAUAUGUUGACAACGUGGAUGCAAGAUGAAAAAAACCGACACUGGAGCGAAGGACUUCGAUUCAUCCAGCUUAUGAAAAACCGAGCUUAUCAUUCUGGUAUUAAAAUGUCUCCAUAUGAAGCUUUAUUUGGCUGCAAAAUUAAAAUUGGUCUAAACACUUCAAAUUUACCACACGAUGUAAUAAGUACGAUAGAAAAUGAAGAACAGUUAGCUGAAUUAAUUACAGAACAGUCACAAAAAGUCGAAAAUGAAGUAUCAGCUGACACAGAACAUAUCACAGAACAACCACAAAAUAUUGAAAAUGAAGUAUCAGCUGACACAGAACAUAUCACAGAACAACCACAAAAUAUUGAAAAUGAAGUAACAGAAACAGAAAAAAUUACAGAACAACCACAAAACAUCGAAAAUGAAGCAUUACAUACAGAACAACAAUUAGCUACAACUAUCAAAUUAAAUAACGAAAACGCCAAUAUCAUGCGAACUAGAGCCAAAGAAAAUCUGGAAAAUCAAGCAAAAAAAAUGAUGGCGUGGUCGGAUAAGAAGCUAUUACCGGUGGCAAUUCAUUCAACUGUACGUGUUCCAGUUCCUGAGGUAGAUAAAGGACGUUUAGAUGCAAGAAGUAUACUGGCAAUUGUUUUAGAAGUGACAAGUGAUGGUUUUUAUCGAUUAGGAACUCGGGAUGGAAUUCUGAAGCAGUUAUAUGCCAGAAGUCAGUUUACAGUAUGUCAGAAAAAGCUACUACAAAUUGACGAGGUUCCAAUAGAGACAGAAGUGGCAUUACGAACAGUCGCAAAGGAACAGUCCACAGGAACUGGCCAAGGAUUUUUUAAAUGUAUUUGUAAGACCAAGUGCCAAAAUAAAAAGUGCAUUUGCCUUAAAAAUAAUGUUUUGUGCACUUCAAAAUGUCAUUUUUCUACAACAUGUUGUAAUAAGUAGCUAUUAGUUUAAGUAAAAUGUAUAAAUAAUAUUACUUAAUAAAAUAAUAUAAUACAAUAAUAAUAAUAAUAUCAAUGUAUGAAAAUAUAGUAAUAGAUAAAAAUUAAAAAUUAAUAUAAUGUUUUAACAGAUUAUGAAAAAUUGUUUGUUACUUU